CCUGAGCAGAACUAUCAGUGUUGGUUAGCGGCCGGGAGCGAAUAAAGAACAAAAGUGUGAUAUGUCGCUGUGAAUAGACAAUUAUCUGUGUGUUUCGUGCUAGUUCUAACAAUUUCGCGCAAAGUCAAGGCCAGCGGGAACCGGGGGAAACUGAUCGAUGGCGGGCAACAUGUCCUCCAGCUCGAACGGCGAGCUGAAGAAGCUGUCGGAGGAGUCGCUGGCGCAGCCGCCGGAAAAGGUCUUUGACAUCAUGUACAAGCUGGGCGAGGGCAGCUACGGAUCGGUGUACAAGGCGCUGCACAAGGAAAGCAGCUCCAUCGUGGCCAUCAAGCUGGUGCCCGUGGAGUCCGACCUGCACGAGAUCAUCAAGGAGAUAUCCAUUAUGCAACAGUGCGACUCUCCCUAUGUGGUGCGCUACUACGGCUCCUACUUCAAGCAGUAUGACCUGUGGAUCUGCAUGGAGUACUGCGGCGCUGGCAGCGUCUCGGACAUCAUGCGGCUCCGCAAAAAGACACUCACAGAGGACGAGAUCGCCACCAUUCUGUCGGACACGCUGAAGGGACUGGUCUAUCUGCACCUGCGUCGCAAGAUCCACCGCGACAUCAAGGCGGCUAACAUCCUGCUCAACACCGAGGGCUAUGCCAAGCUGGCCGAUUUUGGGGUCGCCGGUCAGCUCACGGACACAAUGGCCAAGAGGAACACAGUCAUUGGGACACCCUUCUGGAUGGCACCCGAGGUGAUCGAGGAGAUUGGCUAUGAUUGUGUGGCCGACAUAUGGUCACUGGGCAUCACCGCCCUGGAAAUGGCCGAAGGAAAGCCGCCCUAUGGCGACAUCCAUCCCAUGCGAGCCAUCUUCAUGAUCCCCCAGAAGCCACCACCCUCGUUCCGCGAGCCCGAUCGCUGGAGCACCGAGUUCAUCGACUUUGUGAGCAAAUGCCUGGUGAAGGAGCCGGACGACCGGGCCACGGCCACCGAGCUGCUGGAGCAUGAGUUCAUACGCAACGCCAAGCACCGAUCGAUCCUAAAGAGGAUGCUGGAGGAGACCUGUGCCAUUCGCGAGCAGCAACGGGCCAACCGAAGCGCUGGCGGACUGUUUGCAAGCAGCCAGGCCAAGAGUUUGGCCACCCAGGAAAACGGAAUGCUACAAAACAUAAUGGACAACGCCUUCAUGGAGGAUCCAGGUACUCUGGUACCGGAGAAGUUCGGCGAGUACCAACAGAGCUCGGCUUCAGAUGCCACCAUGAUAGCGCAUGCAGAGCAGGGCGUGGAUGACGGCACUUUGGGGCCGGGAGGCCUGAGGAACCUGGCCAAGGCCGCAGGUCCAACGGCGACAGGAGCAGCGGCCUCGUCAGGGGCAUCCCCUCUGGAUGUGCCGGCAGUGGACAGCGGCACAAUGGUGGAAUUGGAGUCUAAUUUGGGCACAAUGGUCAUUAACUCGGACUCCGAUGACUCCACAACAGCCAAGCAAAACGAUGAUCAAAAGCCACGCAAUCGCUAUCGACCGCAGUUCCUGGAGCACUUCGAUCGCAAGAACACGGGAGAUGCUCGUGGCGAUGAGAAGUCCACGGCCACCGAGUAUUCUCCCGCGGCAGCCGAGCAGCAGCAACAGCAGCAGCAGCACCAGGACGAACAGCACCUGGCCAGCGGGGCCAACGAUUUGAACAACUGGGAGCACAACAUGGAAAUGCAGUUCCAGCAGAUCUCCGCCAUCAAUCAGUAUGGGCUGCAGCAACAUCAGCAGCAGCAGCAAGUUCUCAUGGCCUAUCCCCUGAUGAACGAACAACUCAUUGCGCUCAACAAUCAGCAGAAUCUGCUGCUCAGCAAUGCUGCGCCAAUGGGGCAGCAGGGUAUACCGGCCGCGGCUGCGGCUCCAGCUCAACCGCCGCCUGCGUAUCAGAACCAGCAUAUGCAUACCCAAUCGCACGCUUACGUGGAGGGAGAGUUUGAGUUCCUCAAGUUUCUUACCUUCGACGAUCUGAACCAGCGGCUGUGCAACAUCGAUCACGAGAUGGAGCUGGAGAUCGAGCAACUGAACAAGAAAUACAAUGCCAAGCGGCAGCCAAUUGUUGACGCCAUGAAUGCGAAGCGCAAGCGCCAGCAGAAUAUCAAUAAUAAUCUGAUUAAGAUAUAGGUAUAGCAACUCACAAUUUCGCAUGACAACUGAAAAUGGAAUUUCAAAUCACUCAAGGCUUCUGCAUUGGGCUGAAUUUGCAGAUAAAUGCCGAAAAUUACAGACUCACCAGCUGUAUCCUGUGGGUAAUAUUCUGAGCAAAUUCAACCCGGUGCAAAAGCCAACUACCAAUCACAAGAAAUGAAAACACAAAAGCUUUAUUGUAAAAUGCAGUGAAAAGAGGAAAGAUAUGUGGUCAAAGGAGUCGUCGGCAGAAUCUUCCAGCACGAAUACAUGUGUUCCGUUUGUUCCAUUUUUGUUUUCAUCACAUUUUUGUUUGGUUUCGUAUAUUUUAGCUUUCUUUGAUCUGUCUUCUAAUAUUGAUACGUUCGAAUAAAAUUUGUAUUGCGUUUAUUGUA